CAUUUUCACAUACCAAACAAAAGCAUCAAUGUUUUUUUUUUUUUCAUCAAAGACUAGUUUGGUUUCUUUGCCCCUUCUUUUAGUAUAUAUAGUACCAAGUAGCCAAGACAAGUGAAUGAACCAAAAUCCCAUCUAAACAACCAUGAAACUCACACUUUCACUCUUGUUCCUUUCCCUCUCCAUAGUCCAAGGACUCAACCCCAAAUGUAAUCUCCAAGAUCAUGGCUCAACACUCCAAGUGAUCCAUGUUUUUAGCCCAUGUUCCCCAUUUAGACCAUCAAAACCACUUUCAUGGGAAGAAAGUGUCCUCCAAAUGCAAGCCAAAGACAAAACUAGACUUCAAUUUCUUGAUAGUUUGGUAGCUAGGAAAUCAGUUGUCCCUAUUGCUUCAGGUAGACAAAUCAUUCAAAGCCCAACUUACAUUGUGAGGGCUAAAAUUGGUACUCCACCUCAAACUUUGUUGUUGGCUAUGGAUACUAGUAAUGAUGCUGCUUGGAUUCCUUGUACUGCUUGUGAUGGUUGUUCUUCAACUUUGUUUGGUCCUGAAAGAUCAACUACUUUUAAGAAUGUUAGUUGUGCUUCUCCUGAAUGCAAACAGGUACCUAACCCUGGUUGUGGUUUGAGCUCAUGCAACUUUAACCUAACCUAUGGUAGUUCUUCUAUUGCGGCUAAUUUGGUCCAAGACACAGUUACUUUAGCCACUGACCCAAUUCCUAACUACAACUUCGGUUGUGUUUCAAAGACCACUGGGACUUCUGCACCCCCACAAGGUCUAUUGGGCUUGGGCCGAGGCCCAUUAUCACUUUUAUCUCAAACACAAAACCUCUAUCAAUCCACAUUCUCUUAUUGCUUGCCAAGCUUCAAGUCUCUUAACUUCUCUGGGUCCUUAAGACUUGGGCCUGUGGCUCAGCCCAAGAGGAUUAAGUUUACCCCCCUUCUCAAGAACCCUAGAAGAUCAUCACUAUAUUAUGUUAACUUGGAUGCUAUUAGGGUUGGCCGGAGAGUCGUCGAUAUUCCUCCGGCUGCAUUGGCUUUCAAUCCGACCACCGGAGCCGGCACCAUUUUUGAUUCCGGUACGGUGUUCACCCGGCUAGUUGAACCGGCCUAUGUGGCGGUUCGAGACGAAUUCCGACGAAGAGUUGGGGCAAACCUCACGGUUACAUCUCUUGGAGGGUUUGACACAUGCUACAAUGUCCCAAUAGUUGUACCCACAAUAACGUUCAUGUUUUCAGGCAUGAACGUGACACUACCACAAGACAACAUACUUAUACAUAGCACGGCCGGCAGCACCACGUGCUUGGCCAUGGCAGCUGCGCCUACUAAUGUGAACUCAGUGUUGAACGUGAUAGCCAACAUGCAACAACAAAAUCAUCGAUUACUCUUUGACAUCCCGAACUCUAGGGUUGGUGUUGCUCGUGAGCUUUGUACUUAAAAUAAAAUGUUCAAUUCACGUGAUCUUUUGUCAAAUAUGGCAUUAGAAAAGUUGCUUGGGUAACAUAGCAAUAUUGCAUUUAAUUUCACUAUCUUGAGGGAUUUUGUUUUAGCAUAUGCAUACCAAGGUUUGAUGCUAACUAGAUGAUGAAAGAUUUUGAGUGUGGAAUUAUAUUCAUGUUAAUUUCCAAAGUUGAGUUAUAUUUUGUAAUUUUGUAAUUGUGAGCUAGUGUCUCGGGUAUAUGUACUUGUAGCUAGCUAGCUCUAUGUCUUUUUAUUCAAGUUGAUUGAAUUUAUGAGACCUCAAUGUUUAGGUAAUUGUGAAAGUUCACGGGUCAUGUAAUAAAUUUCCUAUACUUUGUUUCUUGAUCUUCUCUUUCA